GGGAGAGAGAGUGAGAGGGAGGAACGAAGCCAAACGGAGGAAACGGAAGCGACGGAAGGCAGCACAACUGCGCACAAGAGGCCAGAAGGCAGAAGGGGAGAGAGGGGCGGAUGAGAGAGAAAAGCGGAUUUCUUUUUCGUCAUUUCUGGCUCGGCGAACGCAUCGUGGGCUUCCUUCUUGGAUCAUAUUUUCGAACGAAUUCCCGAAUUCUGGAAUUUCCCUCCGCGUAAGAAAGAGUUGAGUAGAACAUUCAUUGCCUCUAUUUUUUUUUCCUGCUUGAGCGCCUCCUGUAGUUUCUCAGCCAAGACACUCUGUUGCCUGCGCUAGAACCAGGACCAACGAUGACCUCGAGAUCGUACACAAAUCUUUUGGAUCUUGCUACAGGCAUUAUCCCUACAGCUGGGCGAGGUGGGAAACGUCUUUCGAGGGUUAUGUCCGUUCCUGGAAUAGUCUCGGAGUUUGAUGAUGAUGCAGCAAAUAGUGUUUCAUCAGAUGUUACCUCGUCUGUGAGCCAGGAACGGGUGAUUGUUGUGGCUAACCAGCUUCCGUUGAGGGCACGAAGGAGGCCAGAUAAUGCUGGUUGGACUUUCAGCUGGGAUGAGGACGCCCUUCUAUUACAGCUUAAAGAUGGACUUUCAGAUGACAUGGAUGUUAUUUAUGUUGGUUCUUUGAAGGUGGAAGUUGAUCCUAGUGAGCAGGAUGAGGUUGCUCAGAUCCUGUUGGAGAAGUUCAAAUGUGUACCUGCAUUCCUACCUGAUGACAUCUACAACAAGUUCUAUCAUGGCUUCUGCAAGCAACAUCUGUGGCCACUUUUCCAUUAUAUGCUACCGCUCUCUCCCAGCAGUGCUGGUCGUUUUGAUCGUUCUUCCUGGCAGGCUUAUGUAUCUGCCAAUAAGAUUUUUGCUGACAAGGUAGUAGAGGUGAUAAAUUCAGAUGAUGAUUAUGUCUGGAUACAUGAUUAUCAUCUUAUGGUUUUGCCUAAUUUCUUAAGGAGAAGGUACAACAAAUUGAAGAUGGGAUUUUUCCUUCAUAGUCCAUUCCCUUCGUCAGAGAUAUACAGGACUCUACCUGUCAGGGAAGAGAUAUUGAGAGCCCUUCUUAACUCAGACUUAAUUGGGUUCCAUACAUUUGAUUAUGCCCGCCAUUUUCUUUCCUGUUGCAGUAGGAUGCUGGGCCUUGAUUACCAAUCCAAGAGAGGAUACAUUGGGUUGGAAUACUAUGGCAGAAUGGUUGGGAUCAAAAUAUUACCAGUCGGAAUCCACAUGGUUCAGAUUGAAUCUGUUCUCAGGCUUGCUGAUAAAGAAUGGAGGGUGAAUGAACUCCUUGAUCAGUUUAAGGGUAAAACAGUUGUACUUGGUGUAGAUGACAUGGACAUCUUCAAGGGGAUUAAUCUCAAGAUAUUAGCUUUGGAGCAGCUCCUUAUUCAAUACCCAAAAUGGAGGAACAAGAUUGUUCUGGUUCAGAUCGUCAAUCCUGCAAGAGGGAAAGGGAGAGACAUAGAAGAGCUACAAGCUCAAAUUUUGUCUGACAGCAAAAGGAUAAAUGAAAAUUUUGGUUCUGCUGAAUACACUCCUAUUUUGCUAAUUGACAGGCCGGUUCCUGUGUAUGAACGGAUUGCUUACUAUACAGUUGCAGAAUGUGUUGUUGUGACAGCUGUAAGAGAUGGACUCAAUCUCACUCCUUAUGAGUACAUUGUGUCAAGAGAGGGGAGUCUGGAGAACCCUAAAAAGAGCAUGAUUGUUGUCUCUGAAUUUAUUGGAUGCUCUCCUUCUUUAAGUGGAGCUGUAAGAGUGAACCCAUGGAAUACAGAAGCAGUUGCUGAGGCUAUUAACAUGGCCAUUUCGAUGCCAGAAGCGGAAAAGCAAUUACGCCAUGAAAAACAUUAUCGGUAUGUAAGCACACAUAAUGUUGCUUACUGGGCUCGCAGCUUUAUGCAAGAUUUGGAGAGAUCGUGUAAAGAUCAUCAGAGAAGGAGGUGUUGGGAGAUUGGAUUUGGUUUGCAGUUUAGAGUUGUAUCACUUGAUCCUAGUUUUAGGAAGUUGUCAAUUGAUCAUAUAGCUUCUGCUUAUAGGAGGUCGAAAGGCAGGGCUAUACUGUUGGAUUAUGAUGGUACCGUGACGCCCGAGUCUUCCAUUGAUAAGCGCCCAAGUGAGGAGGUUAUUCGCAUCUUGAACAAACUAUCUGCUGACCCAAAGAAUGUGGUGUUCAUUGUGAGUGGAAGAGGGAAGGAGUCACUAAGUAGUUGGUUUUCUCCUUGUGAGAAGCUUGGAAUUGCUGCAGAGCAUGGCUAUUUCUUGAGGUGGUCAAAAGAAAAAGAAUGGGAAACGUCCUGUGAUCAGUCCAGUGACUUUGCAUGGAUGCAGAUGGCAGAGCCUGUCAUGAGGCUAUAUGCAGAGGCUACGGAUGGGUCAUGGAUAGAGACCAAAGAGAGUGCAAUUGUUUGGCAUCAUCAGGAUGCUGAUCCUGAUUUUGGAUCUUGCCAAGCUAAGGAGCUACUUGACCACCUGGAGAGCGUGUUAGCCAAUGAGCCAGUGGCUGUCAAGCGUGGACAACACAUAGUAGAAGUCAAACCUCAGGGCGUCAGUAAAGGCCUUGUUGCAGAGAAACUGCUCUCGGUGAUGGCAGAAGGAAAUAGGCAACCUGAUUUUGUGUUGUGCAUUGGUGAUGAUCGAUCUGAUGAGGAUAUGUUUGAAGUUAUUAGCAGUGGCAGUCCUGGUGCUUCUGCUUCUGGAUCCUUCUUUAACAGAGAGGUGUUUGCAUGUACGGUGGGUCAGAAGCCAAGCAAGGCGAAAUAUUAUGUUGAUGACACUAUCGAGGUGAUUAAAAUGCUUGAAGCUCUUGCUGGCCCGUAGAUUGAACGGCUAAGGAGGCUCCCAAAAUGGUUGUCAAAAUAAAGGGCAGAUGAGAGCAGAGCUCAAUGAAUCUGAGGUCUGUAUCCUCAGGAGGAUGGAAAAUUUUAGAGGAAAAGGAGCACGGGUGAGGGCCUUACUAAACCAGGUCGUUCGUAGCAUAGGGAAUUGUAAAGCAUGGAAAUUUUCUCCUUUUUUAAAUGCAAGAAAAAAAAAAAGAAAUUUGUGAAAGAUGGUAGUCUGCCUUUUGUUUAUUUAUUUUAUUGUUUCCUUUUUGUGGUGGAACGGCGGGGGGAGAAGGGCUAGGGACGGGAUCUGGCGAUUAGGGUAAGCAACAAGGCUCCUUGCAGGUGCCUUCAUUUAUUUCAGAGAAAAAAGUGAAUAAUUGGUCGAUGUGGAUAUUCUGCACUCUUGGAAUUCUUUUCCUUUUGAAUAAGUUAAUUUGAGGCCGUUUCAAUUGAUUCUUUACCAUGCUCCCGAGUA